AUGUCGGUGGCGCUCGACGUGAACACUGUCACGACGACUCUCUGGCCAGCAGUAGGGAGGGUGACGCGUCCGACAGGGCAGUUUGUGAAUGUGACUCUAGUCGGUAGAGGCACGACGCGCUUCACUAACAUCGCCUUUGAUCCGAAUGAUGAGGCGACGUUUUAUGCAAGCAGCAGCGAUGCAGCAGUGUACAUUUUUUCGCUGCGAGGGAAUUCUGUGAAGCUGUUCGCUGCACUCGAGCAUCCCAUUUCCGCCAUGGCGUGUUGUGGCAGCAGCGAGAGUCCGAUGUUUGCCUGUGCAACAGAAGACGGCACGCUUGUGUGGAUUGACUGCAGUACCAGCCGCAUUCUCCGCCGCGAGAAGACGCCACACCAGCACACAAUUCGUAUGAUCCGCGCCCCGGCUUGGCGUGGCUGCAUGUGGAUGGCUACUCUCUCAUGUGACACGCUGGCCGUGUGGAACGUGACGCAGAUGGUGUGCGGCAUGCACAGUCACAUGACAACCGGGAAUACCCGACACAAUUUCAUGACUGUACACGCGGAAAGGAACCUCAUAGUAACAGUAGAGUUCUCUGGUCGUGUAACAACGUGGGAUGCUGGAACUUUAUUACCAAUCAGGGCAGUAGUGGUGGACAUGCGGCCGCGUACUGCAGUUGCGUGCCAAAAUUUCAUCGCCAUUGGUGGCGCAGACGCGACAGUCGGAUUCUUGAAGACGGUGGAUCUAUCUUCCAUCAACUUGGUUCAACUCUCCACCGCGCCAGCCGCAACGCGCUCACUGUCCAUUAUCAAUGAUGACCUCCUAGCAUGCGAGCUUACGGACGGCACCAUUGUAUUCAUGGUCGUCAGCAGUUACUCAGUGUCAUUCGCCAUGGCAGCGCCGUACAGUGGCGCUGUACCGAAGAGGCCAGCGACAUUCAACGCCUCAGGGCCGUCAUUUGGGGUCUUCACACACGGCGAGCAGUUGACUCUCUUCCACCUCCCCACUGCACGCCAAUAUUAUCUGCGGCACACGCGAUGGAACGGCUCUGACCCUAGCCCCCAGCUACCACGACAGGUAUACCCAUUUGUCCAAGAAAGGAGCGCUACGCGCACGGAGGCACACGCACUCAUGGAAGAAGAAAGUAUCAGUGAUACAACGCUCCCGCGCCCCACCGUUAAGCUGAGCAAGUUGCAGGUCUCAAAGUGGGUAAAGGUUGACCUGCUUAACUCGGACAGUAAUGCAGCUAGGUCAUCUGGUUGUAUUCGCGAGACCGUACCCAACCGGAAGGCGCAAGAAAGGUCCUCUGUUGAAGUUUCGAACAAGGAAAAAGAAUUAUCGUUGCGUCCGUUCCUUGAUAGAGCGUCACGAGCCGCCAACAUGGAAUAUUUGAGGCGGCUGUUGAUGCGUUAUGGUGUCUUUCCGGAGAAGUACCGCCUCAUCACAUGGCGCUUUCUCCUUCAACUACCAGAGCGGCGCUUUACGGCACCGCAGUAUGCCCAACUCUUGGCCAAGGGUCCACAUCAAUCCGUGCCGUUCCUAAUGAAACCCUUCCCUCUAAAGGAUAAGAAGCUGCGGAGCUCCAUGGAAAGAGUACUGUCGAUUCUGGCCUGGCAUGUGCCCAUGUUUUCUGUGAUCCACUUCCUGCCUAUGGUUGUGUACCCGUUUCUGCGUGUGUGUGGUGAUGAUACGCAGUCGAUUGUGGAGAUUGUUCUCGCAUUUCUUUCCAACUGGGGGAAGGAGUUCUUUCAGUACUACCCAGAACGUCCUGUUACACUUAUGACUUUGCUGAACCAGUUGCUCCGAAGUGAGGACGUGGAGCUACACAGCCAUCUCGAGCAGCGCGGGAUCGUGGCGGAGGAGUGGGGAUGGGAGGCCCUUUCCUCCCUGUACACCGACAUUCUCACUUCUCCUGCAUGGCUGCAGGUGAUGGACCAUGCCUUCUUCAACACACCGCUGUGGUUAUUCCUCUUCCACAUCCAAUGGCUGGUGAGCAUUCACGAUAAGCUUAUGGAACUCCCCGGGGAGGGGGAACUCAGGGCAGCUCUGUUGACGACGCACUCAAUCGACGUCAAUAGUGUCAUUGCUGAGACUUACAGACUGUACGAGCAGUUCCCCAAAGAAGAGUUGACAAUUCCUUACAGCAAGUUUCAUACAUUUGUGGACUAUGUGUACCCUACACUGUGGAAGUACAACGAGGAAACAAUCAACCAGAAGUUAGCGGAUUUACAGCAGACUCUGCAACAAAAGGAGCGUAUGGAGGAGGCACGCCAGCGUAUUCAUGGUGUUGGGGAUCAACUUUCACAGGCGGAGAUACUUAAAGAAGUGUUUAUUGAAAGGAAGCGGGCGGAAGUUGCGGCGCGACUCACUGCAGCGAGCGACAGCUGGAAGCAUGAAGUGACGCGUGAAAAGGAAAGCCAGCAGGUACGCGACAUGGAGAAUAUGACUCGACUCCAGACGAUGCAACAGCAGAUCGAGCAUGCAGAACGUUUGGAGGCCCUCCAUGAGGAAAUAGCGUCCGCACGUGGACAGGUUGCCGACCUCUUACAGACCAGGGAGAAGGAGGCGUUGCAUUGGAGGCGGGCAGAACGCCUAACUGGCCAUGAGUUGGAGCGCCUAGAGAAUGCCGCCCAAGAACGACUGGCAAGGGCCAUGAAGGCUCUCCAGGAAGAGGAGGAAAAGGUGGAACAGUUGAAUCAAAGGGACACUUCACAUGUAAGUGCUGAAGAAGUUUUCCCGUGUCAAGCACCACCUUCACCACCAGCAACUGCAGCAACGCCACCCCCGGUAGCACAUUCAGCUGCGAACAGUAAACCUCCAACCGAGGUUCCCAGCUGUCCUGUAGAGGCAUAUCGCAUGCUCCAGAGCUGCGCGACUCGGGGGGUCGGUGAGGCAAUUCGGCCAGUAGACGAUCAUUCAUUACCUGUACCACUGCCACAUUCUUCUUCAUCUCCUGCUGCUGAUGGUGCUAGUGCUAGUGCUGCUGCUGCUGUUGCUAUUCAUCACCCCUUGACAGGCAGCAACCGGUCUGCGCCCAGCGGACCUCUGUACGAUAAUUUGCUUGCAAGUGGUAUGUCGUCAAGUCGAAGCGAAACCUAUAAGUCGACAACCACCGCUUCCCAUUUACAGGAACAACGAUGCUCUGGCAAUUGUGAUGAGCGUUCCUCAGCUGGUACCGUCCUGCUCCGUCCUCGCGGCCCUGAAGCUUACAGGCUGCUGCGCCCUCCGCAUUAA